CUGAUAUUCAAUCGAGAUUCCAACCCAGACCCAGCCCAUCCAUCAAAAUGCCUCUUCCAAUCGUCUCCACCGCAUCCCUCUUCGAGGACGCCCUGCAGUCCAACGAGGCAAUUGAAGUCCCCAUUGGCGAAGUCGACUUUGUCUCCUUCACGAGUGGACAAACCAUAAGAACACUUGGUACCAGGAGGCUGAAUGGCAAUUCGGCUCUUGUGCUCGUUUCCACCAAAGGUGCCAUUUUAGCUAACGUUCCUCUGCCCCCUUGCAGCAUGGAAGAACACAAUGCUAGUCUAACGCAACUGUGGAAAAAAGCGACCGCCUUUCUGAAUCUCUUCAACGAAAAUGCAGGGCUCUUCUUGGGCCCGGAUGAGAAAAGGUAUGCAAUAGUUUAUGGACCCUCUGCGAGACCUAAACCCUUCCCGCAAUAUGAUGCGAUCAUUGAAUCCAUUCUUUCGAAUUCGUUGGGAGUUAUUGAGAAGCCUAAGAUUAUCUCAUAUUCGUAUGAGGAGGGCGGCCACAAUCAGCCUGAUAGUGGUUCUGUCUUUAUUGAUGGAAGAGGUGAAAUUCCCAAGGUGUAUAUGGAGGACAAGGAUCAGAAAUGGUUCGACUAGGUUUUUGUAUAUCUGGCCAUGGAGAAAUGGUGUAGGUAGUUGAGAUAGACCUGAGGAAAUAGGCUACCAGCCGUUCGUCUUCAUAUGAUCGCAUUUUCCAUUUUAGCUAGGCUCUCGUACAUGACUGUAUCUUGUAAAGAGCAUUCAUAUACAUGAUACCGAGCGACACUGCAGGUGUCAUAAAAAACCAAUCUUUUUAGCACGAGUGGGUGAGAAAGCAGGCUUUUUGCCGAAGGCCCCUCAUUGUCAUAGACUGAACAGCCACUUUCCACCUUACUGUAACAAGGCCUCAUUUUUUAGACAUUCAACCCCAC